UUUCAAAACUUAACAAGAGAGAGGGAGGAGAGAACCGAAGACGACGACGAAGAAGAAGAAACACCAACAAAUUUCAACAAUUGAAAUUUCUCCUUUUUCUUUCAUUGUUUUCAAUAUCGAAUGCUUUAAAAAAACUUUAGCUUUUCUCUUUACCUCUCUCUAUGCGUCGACCGGAAUGAAAAUCUUCUUUGUUUCUUCCAACUUCGUGGUGGAAAUCUCGAGCUUGGAGAAAUUUGGUGUUCUCUUCUGGAAUUUUAGGUCUUGGAGAUUGUGAAUUGGGAUUUGGAUCUAAAAGUGAUUCAAUUCGAGUUUAUUUAAGGCAAUUUGUGAGAUUAUUCGGUUGAUUUUCAGCUGUGGCUGUGUAGGUGGAUUGAGAAAAAAAGAUUUGAAUUUAUUUUUUCUUAAAUUUGAGGGAGCUGGAAUUGGAUGGGGGAAGGAGAAGGAAGUGAGUUCCCGCCAAAAAAGGUGCAAUCCGAUACGGCAGAUUUUCCGGCGAGGAAGCUUGCAAGGCAGCUGGAUUUCACGGCCGGUUUAGGUGGGGUUUCUUCUGCUGGUGUAGUUUUGCCGGAACACCCGCAAUUGACACAAGAAAUGGCUUUGGCUCCGCCUUCGGCAUUGGCGGCUGCUACAGUUACUCGGCAACAGCAGCAACAGAUAAAGCCACCGCAGGUGGUGGCAACCUCCCCUCUGGCCACUUUGCAACCUCUUACUACAGCAUCGUCGAGGGUUCUAAAACCAGAAUCCCCAAAAGUAAAACCAAGAGCAACUGAACUAAAAGAUGCCACUCCAAAGAAGCAGAAGCAGUGCAACUGUAAACAUUCUCGGUGUCUGAAACUGUACUGUGAGUGCUUUGCAUCUGGGAUAUAUUGUGAUGGGUGCAACUGUGUUAAUUGUUAUAACAAUGUUGAGAAUGAAGCUGCGAGAAGAGAUGCCAUUGAAGCAACUUUGGAGCGUAAUCCAAAUGCAUUCAGGCCAAAAAUUGCUAGCAGUCCCCAUGGUGCACGGGAUAGCAGGGAAGAUGCUGGGGAAGUUUUAAUAUCGGGAAAACACAACAAAGGAUGCCACUGUAAGAAAUCUGGGUGCCUUAAGAAGUACUGUGAGUGUUUCCAAGCCAACAUUCUCUGCUCUGAAAACUGCAAAUGCGUGGACUGCAAAAACUUUGAGGGUAGUGAAGAGAGGCAGGCUCUUUUUCAUGGUGACCAUGCCAACAACAUGGCAUAUAUUCAGCAGGCCGCAAAUGCUGCCAUAACUGGAGCUAUUGGGUCCUCUGGUUUUGCAUCCAUUCCAGUAUCUAAGAAGAGAAAAGGCCAGGAACUGUUCUUUUGGUCAACUGCCAUGGAUCCAUCUGUUCACAGGCUUGGACACUUUCCGCAGGCAACUCAAAUCAGAGCUUCUGCACCCUCCUCUUCUGUUCCAGUUUCCCGUUCGGGUACAACUGCUGCAGCUGGCAUGUCAAAAUUCACAUAUAGGUCUUUGUUAGCGGACAUCAUUCAGAAGCAGGACUUGAAGGAGCUUUGUUCUGUUUUGGUAGUUCUAUCUAGAGAAGCUGCAGAGACACUUGCAGAUCAGAGAAGUUUGACUGAAAAAUGGGCCGAAGAUCAGACCGAAACCUCCCUUGCGUUAUCCACUCAGGACAGGCUGCAAAGCCAUAAAGAUUCUGAUGCUGAGAAAACCAUUGCUGAUGAUUGUUCAAGUGCAAAUCAGGCUGAUAGAGCUGGCCGUGAGGAUUCCAGCUCAGAUGGUGCUGAUACGCCAAAGCAAAGGCCUAUGUCUCCGGGAACUUUGGCAUUGAUGUGUGAUGAAGAAGAUAAAAUGUUCGUGGAAGCUCCCUCUAAUGGAGUCAUGGGCCAUGGCUGCAGUACAUCUUCUCAAAUGACGGAGAUUUAUGCAGAGCAGGAAAUAAUUGUUUUGACAAAGUUCCGGGAUUGUCUAAAUAGGCUUAUCACUUUCGGAGAAAUAAAAGAAACAAAAUGUUCAUCAUUAGCUAGAACAGAGAUAGGUAGUCAAAGAAGCCUCAGUAAUAGAACUGAAGUCAGAAAUGAGACUGGGGAUCGACAAGGAUCUGUUACCAAUGAAGUUCCGGAAAAUGUUAGUCCACUUACAGUAAAGACAUCUCAUAUGGAUGCUACUGUAGUUGCCACUGCUAACAACGAUCUUCAACGGCCUCCAUCCCUUCCUGAAAACGGGGGUGCUAAAUCGGAAAACGAAAAACAUAUAUAAAGAACCAAAAUGCUGACUAUUUGGCACAAGGUAUGAUACUCAUCUUCACUAUUCUACCCUCUCCACCGUCAGAUUUGAUGCAACACCAAGGUGAUUGUGGGAGCUGACAGGUUCUCUGAUUAAUUUCUACAUUAUCGAUAAACUUAUUGGUUUUCCUCCUUUGCCAUAGCUUUAGCUCAUUACAGUAUUUUGGUGUUAUUUGCCCAUCCAUUUUUUCAGGGAUUUUUUUAUAGCAUGGAGUUGCCUCAACCAUUAAUGUAUUUUAUUUUUUAUUUUUUGAGGUCGUAGUUUAAGAAUAAGGAAAGGGUUUCGGAUGUCGGAUUUAAAUCCAAACCCUUUGAAUGCAACUUCUGUUAAGAAUGUUACAUUAACCGACUAAGACAGGAGUUCAUGUGUUUCAUUGUUUGUAUGUAACCUUAUUCUUCUGAAAUGAAGAAAACUCGA